CGAAACGUAUACUGAAGUUGUCCCCGUUCUUCUUUAUAAUCUUCUCCCCACACACUCUCUUUUCUGACCAUUCAUUAAUAACCUUCUCACUCUCUAACAACCUCUUCAAAAUGAAGUUCUUUUCUCGUCUCAAAAACAACAGCACCACCACCAACCACCACCACCAUCUCAGAUCCUCCUCAUGGCCAUGGCCAUCUUGCCACCAACCCAGAACCCUCUCAUUCAGAGCUACCACCGCCACCACAACCACCACCACCACCCCCAACCACGACGUCACCAACUCCAUCGCUCAAACUCCGGACUCCUUCUUCACCGACUCACCUAACUCCGACAGCUUCUCCACCGCUUCCGACAUAUCCCGCACCGUGGACGCCACCGAGACGGUCAUUCGCGGCCUUCGCUCCGACCGGCUUUUCUUCGAACCGGACUUUACCAGCUCCUUAUGGGAAGCGAAACUCGCCACCCUCCCACCCUUCAAAAACAGCGUGGUUUUCUCCAUGGACUCCACUCACCCUUACGUGGAUUUCCGCCGCUCCAUGGAGGACAUGGUGGCCACCCACAGCGUCAGAGACUGGGAGGAUCUCGAGGACCUUCUCUGCUGGUUCUUGAAGGUCAAUGCACAAAACACUCACCACUACAUCCUCCGUGCUUUCGUCGAUUUCUUGUUCUCUCUCGCACUUGCUUCUUCUUCUUCUUCUUCUUCCAACGCCAUUUGUAGUACCACCACCACUCUCUCUUCUCUCUCUUCUUCCUCCUCCUCUUGCACCACUCGCUGCACUUACUGUUUCGAGGAAGAGCUUCAACACCAACACAUUUCUUAAUGUUCUCAAAUUGUAUCUAACAUCAUCGUAUUACAGAACAUCAAACUUUUGUUUUGUUUUCUUCAAAUUAACAUUCUUCGCUUCUCA